AUGAUUUUAGCGAUAGUGGUUCUUAUCCACGCGUAUGCACAGAACCAGCCAGAAAGGCCGGAUAUCUAUGACUACCCGCUAGAUGUUGAUUUGUAUCAGAUAUACAAUAUCCUGGGGAUAGAUGAGGACUGGACGCCGGAAGGCAAGAAAUGCACGCGCCCAAUCAAUCAGGUCAGUUUCAAACUGAUUCGCUAUCCGCAGUCAUUGUGUCAACCUAUCGUUCCAAAUGCAUCUGAACCUUUGUACAGCAAAAGAUUCGUCGAUAUACUCAUUGUUGUCAAAUCUCGAUUAACCUCCUUCGAUCAACGAAACGCAAUUCGUCAAACGUGGGCAAAUGCAACAUGUGCCUCAUAUCUGGACACCUCCACUCGCACUGUGUUCGCGCUCGGUUCGACUGCGCGCCCUCAAACGAGCUUGAUCGAACGCCUACGAUGGGAGCACGACACAUUUGGCGAUCUGUUGCAAUUUGACUUUGUCGAUUCCUAUCACAACAAUACUUACAAAAUGAUGUCUGUUUUGAGGCACAUCUCACGGAAUUGCAGAGCUACUCGUUUUGUCGUCCUCGUAGAUGACGAUUUUCUCGUACAUCCGAGUAAUUUGAUUCGCGCGAUUCAGCGCAUUACAACAACGCAAUAUCCAACAUAUGUUUCCGGUUUUAUUUAUCCCAUGCAAUUUCCGGAACGUGAUGCAUCCAGUAAAUGGCACGUACUAUAUGAAAACUUUCCGUACCAAAACUUUCCGCCGUACCCUUCAGGUGGAACUGUGAUUUUGAGCAUGCCAGUUGUACACCUUGUUACAGUUGGAAUGCCUUUCGUGAAAUUCUUGUGGAUAGACGACGUGUUUUUGGGUAUUAUUUUGCAAAAAUAUGGAAUCAGUCCACAGAAACUACAUGGUGUUUGGCUUCCACAAAACGAAUCCGACUUCGACCCGUCGAAUGCUAUUACAGUUCACGGUUUUGACAAUCCGAUGAAAAUGCUAAACGGGUGGAUGAAGCUGAUGCAAUUCGGUGCAUGCCCGAGUCGAAACGACGCGGGAAGGCGUGAAUAG